GGAGGAAGGGGCCCCCGCCGCACGGACGUUUGCCUUAAAUCGCUUCCCUGUCCUCGGCAGGGCUGGAGCUGCUUCCGGGGGCCGGCCCGAGACGGCGAGAAGGCGCGGCCCGUGGCGGCUCCUCGGGCUCCGCGGGUACGUCGGGCCUUUCCUUUGGCGUGGGGAGCGCAGGCGCGCUCGGCUCCCGUCCCUGCCCCGCAGCUCUGCCUGGGGUUGAAUCACUGGACAAUGCUACAUUCUUUGUGGAUACUGUGGGCCUUGGGGGCCAUAAUCAGCCUCUCCAAAGGAGGGUCCUCUGAUCAGGCUUCUCUGUCCUGUGACCCUAUGGGUGUCUGCGAUGGCCACUCCAGGUCUUUGAACUCCAUUCCCUCAGGGCUUACAGCAGCUGUGAAAAGCCUUGACCUGUCCAACAAUGAGAUUGUGUAUGUCGGCAACACUGACUUGCAGAUGUGUGUGAACCUCAAAGCUUUGAUUCUGAAGUCCAAUGAAAUUAAUAGAAUAGAUGAAGAUGCUUUUCUGCCCCUUGGAAGUCUCGAACGUUUAGACUUAUCCUAUAAUUACUUAUCUCAUUUAUCAUCCUCCUGGUUCAGGCCCCUUUCUUCCUUGCAAUUCUUAAGCUUACUGGGAAAUGUUUACAAAGAACUUGGGGAAACAUCUCUUUUUUCUCAUCUGACAAACUUGCGAGUCUUGAGGGUAGGAAACGUUUACACCUCUAAGAUUGAGAAAAAGGAUUUUGCUGGAAUAACUUUUCUUGAGGAACUUGAGAUUGAUGCUUCAAAUCUCCAGAGUUAUGAGCCAAAAAGCUUGAAGUCAAUUCAGAAUAUAAGUCAUCUGAUCCUUCAUAUGAGACAGCCUAUUUUACUGCCAGUGACUUUUGUAGAUCUUUUAAAUUCCUUGGAAUAUUUUGAACUGAGAGAUACUGAUUUGCACACUUUUCAUUUUCCAGAACUACCUGUCAGGGAAACCAAUCCAUCGAUUAAAAAGUUCACAUUUAGGAAUGUAGAAAUCACUGAUGAAAGUGUUAAUGAAGUUAUGACACUGUUCAGUUAUGGCUCUGAAUUUUUAGAAUUAGAGUUUGAUGACUGUACCCUUAAUGGAAUUGGUAAUUUUGAUCCAUCUUUUAUGGAAAAAAUUAAAGAUCCAGGUAAAGUAGAAACAUUAAUAAUACGGAAGCUACAUAUUCCACAGUUUUACUUAUUCUAUGAUUUGAGUAGUAUAUAUGCACUCACAGGAAACGUUAAAAAAAUUACAAUAGAAAACAGCAAGGUCUUUCUGGUUCCUUGUUCACUUUCACAACAUUUAAAAUCAUUAGAAUACUUGGAUCUUAGUGAAAAUUUGAUGGUUGAAGAAUACUUGAAAAAUUCAGCUUGUGAGGGUGCCUGGCCCUCCCUACAAACCUUAAUUUUAAGGCAAAAUCAUCUGACAUCAUUAGAAAAAACUGGAGAAACUUUGCUUACUCUGAAAAACCUGACUAGUCUUGAUAUCAGUAAGAAUAGUUUUAAGUCUAUGCCUGAAACUUGCCAGUGGCCAGAAAAGAUGAAAUAUUUGAACUUAUCCAGUACACAAAUAGAUAGUUUAACCUAUUGCAUUCCCCGGACACUGGACAUUUUAGAUGUUAGCAAUAACAACCUCAAUUUGUUUUCUUUGAUCUUGCCACAACUCAAAGAACUUUAUAUUUCCAGAAACAAGUUGAAGACUCUACCAGAUUCCACCUUCUUACCCAUGUUACUAGUCAUGAAAAUCAGCGGGAACACAAUAAAUACUUUCUCUAAGGAGCAAUUGGAAUCCCUUCAAAACCUGAAGACUUUGGAAGCGGGCGGAAACAACUUCAUUUGCUCCUGUGAAUUCCUGUCUUUAACUCAGGAGCAGCAAGCACUGACCCAGGUCCUGGUCGAUUGGCCAGAAAACUACCUGUGUGACUCUCCAUCCCAUGUGCGGGGCCAGCGAGUGCAGGACACGCACCUCUCGGUUGCUGAGUGCCACAGGACAGCCCUGGUGUCUGCUGUGUGCUGUGCCCUUCUUCUGUUCAUCCUGCUUGUGGUGACUUUGUGCUACCGUUUCCAUGGGCUGUGGUACAUGAAAAUGAUGUGGGCUUGGCUCCAGGCCAAAAGGAAACCCAAGAAGGCACCCAACAGGGACAUCUGUUAUGACGCCUUUGUUUCUUAUAGUGAGAGGGAUUCCUACUGGGUCGAGAACCUUAUGGUCCAGGAGCUGGAGAACUUCGACCCCCCCUUUAAGUUGUGUCUCCAUAAGCGGGACUUUGUUCCUGGCAAGUGGAUUAUUGACAAUAUCAUUGACUCCAUUGAGAAGAGUCACAAAACUGUCUUUGUGCUUUCUGAAAACUUUGUGAAGAGUGAGUGGUGCAAGUAUGAACUGGACUUCUCCCAUUUUCGUCUCUUUGAUGAGAACAAUGAUGCUGCCAUUCUCAUUCUUCUGGAGCCCAUUGAGAAGAAAGCCAUUCCUCAGCGGUUCUGUAAACUGCGGAAGAUUAUGAACACCAAGACCUACCUGGAGUGGCCCAAUGAUGAAGCUCAGCAACAAGGGUUUUGGCUAAAUUUGAGAACUGCAAUAAAGUCCUAGCUUCCUUCACUAAAGGACAAUUUGGGCCUAGUUCUGGUCUUUAAUUCACUAGCAGUGUAACUAAAUUCAUUCUGAUAUAACUAUAUAAAAACCACAGGAACGUACACUAGCAUUUGAGGACUUAUUAAAACUACUAAAACUCUUAACAUUUUAUCAGGAGUGCUGUUUUAUAAAAAUUGCUAUCAGAUUGAAAAA